GAGAUCGUGUCCACCGCGGGCCCGAGGAGGGUCGUCCAGGAACUCCCUCGCGCCAGCCGCCAGCUCGAGACCACGGUGGUGGACGGCCACCUCUUCAGCUUCCUGCCGUCCCUGGAGGGGAAGUGGAGUGGCGAAGCCACCUCACUGAGCGGGCAGUCGACUGCAUCUUCGGUGAAGAUAGCGUACAGGCCGCCGUUUCAGCGCCGAGAGGUCCGCACCACCUCCGCGGACUCGAGCGGCCUGUCCGACGUGCAGACGACGCUCCUGGAGCCCAUCUCGCACGGCCGCUGCAGGGCGGUGCACGACAGAGCCCCGCUGCCGCUCCAGUACGAGGAGCAGUGCGGCGACCUUUUCGCGACGCUGACGCAGAGGUGCGUGCUCACUGGCGGACUGGAGAAACUCGAGGUCUGGUCGUUGCAGACGUCAACGAGCGCCAGCGAAGCGGAGCAGCGCCUCACGCGGACGGUGAGUCUUUACAAGGAUUCGGACGGCUCCUUGACCAGCAUGGUGGUCUCCCGCGAGCGCAAGGUGGCCUGA